GGGACCAUGGAAAAGCUCAAUUCUUCAGUGGUGGCUGAGUUUGUACUGCUAGGGCUCUCUGGUUCACAGGAGCUCCAGCUGUUCUUUUUUGUUUUCUUCUCUGUCUUGUAUGUGGUCAUUGUGCUGGGCAAUCUCCUCAUUAUCCUUACUGUCACUUCUCAGGCCAGUUUGCACUCUCCCAUGUACUUCCUUUUAGGAAACCUUUCCUUUGUGGACAUCUGUCAGGCUUCCUUUGCCACUCCUAAAAUGAUCGCAGAUUUUCUGAGUGAGCGCAAGACCAUCUCCUUCAACGGCUGCAUAGCCCAGAUUUUCUUCAUCCACCUUUUUACUGGAGGGGAGAUGGUGCUACUUGUCUCCAUGGCCUAUGACAGAUAUGUGGCCAUCUGCAAACCCUUACACUAUGUGGUCAUCAUGAACCGGCGGACAUGCACUGUCCUGGUAAUGAUCUCCUGGGCUGUGGGCUUGGUGCACACAUUCAGUCAGUUAUCAUUUACUGUGAACCUUCCUUUUUGCGGACCCAAUAUCGUAGAUAGUUUUUUUUGUGACCUUCCUCGAGUAACCAAACUUGCCUGUCUGGAUUCUUACAUCAUUGAAAUACUUAUUGUGGCCAACAGUGGAAUUCUUUCCCUAAGCACUUUUUCUCUCCUGAUCAGCUCUUACAUUAUUAUUCUUGUCACUGUCUCCUUUAAGUCUUCGGCUGCAAUGGCCAAGGCAUUUUCCACGCUGGCUGCCCACAUUAUGGUGGUUAUAUUAUUCUUUGGUCCCUGCAUCUUCAUCUAUGUGUGGCCUUUUACCACCUACCCAGUGGAUAAAGUGCUUGCUAUAUUUUACACCAUUUUCACUCCCAUCCUGAACCCCAUUAUUUACACACUGAGGAAUAGGGAUAUGAAAGCUGCCAUGAGGAAAGUUGUGACCCAGUACCUGAAACCGAUGAGAAUUUCUGAAAUGCCACUCAUAGUGAGGAAUCCUCUGUAUUAA